UGGGCCUCCCGCGGAGGCGCAGGGACCGACUCGCAUCCCUUCACCCCUCAGUGCGGCCCGGGAUGGAGACCGAGCGUGGCCCGGAGCUCCCGCGCCGUUCCCGGGCUCGGGCUGGAGCUGUCUGACCGGGGAGGAGCCGCUCUCAGACUGAGAGCGUUCGGGGGCGAUUUACUUCCGCCCGGGCCAGCUUUUCCUCCUCGUUCCGCAGGGGUGUUUCUGCUGUGGAGGGUGGACUCUCACUACUGCCCCAGCUGCCUGGAGAACAUGCCAUCAGCUGAAGCCAAGCUGAAAAAGAACAGGUGUGCCAACUGCUUUGACUGCCCCUGCUGCAUGCACACCCUGUCCACCCGGGCCACGAGCAUCCCUGCUCCACUCCCUGAUGACCCAGCCAAGACUACCAUGAAGAAAGCCUACUACUUGGCCUGUGGAUUUUGCCGUUGGACUUCCCGGGAUGUGGGCAUGGCAGACAAGUCAGUUGCUAGUGGUGGCUGGCAGGAGCCCGAGAAUCCUCACACACAGAGGAUUAACAAACUGGUUGAGUACUACCAGCAGAUGGCUCAGAAGGAGAAGAUCGAGCGGGACCGGAAGAAGCUGGUGCGACGCAGGAAUUACAUGCCCCUGGCCUUUUCACAACACACUAUACACGUAGUGGACAAGUAUGGCCUUGGAACCAGGCUGCAACGCCAGAGACCUGGAGCACCCAUCAGUGCCCUCGCUGGACUCUCGCUGAAAGAAGGAGAGGACCAGAAGGAGAUCAAGAUUGAGCCAGCUGAUGCAGUGGAAGAAGUGGAACCUCUUCCUGAGGAUUACUACACAAGACCAAUCAAUCUGACAGAAGUGACGACCCUGCGCCAGCGCCUGCUGCAGCCCGACUUCCAGCCCAUCUGUGCCUCCCAGCUCUACCCACGGCACAAGCACCUCCUGAUCAAACGCUCCCUGCGCUGUCGGAAAUGUGAACACAACCUGAGCAAACCAGAAUUCAAUCCAACAUCUAUCAAAUUCAAGAUCCAGCUGGUUGCUGUUAACUAUAUCCCUGAAGUGAGGAUCAUGUCUAUUCCCAACCUGCGCUACAUGAAGGAGAGCCAGGUCCUUUUGACUCUGACCAAUCCAGUGGAGAACAUCACACAUGUCACACUGCUGGAGUGUGAGGAGGGAGACCCAGACAACAUCAACAGCACUGCCAAGGUUGCUGUUCCUCCCAAGGAGCUUAUUUUGGCUGGCAAAGAUGCUGCAGCAGAAUAUGAUGAACUGGCAGAGCCUCAAGACUUCCAGGAUGACCCUGACAUUAUUGCCUUCAGAAAAGCCAACAAGGUAGGAGUUUUCAUCAAGGUCACCCCGCAGAAAGAAGAGGGCGAAGUGACCGUGAGUUUCAAGAUGAAGCACGAGUUUAAAAACCUGGCUGCUCCAAUCCGGCCUAACGAGGAGGGAGACCACACCUCUGAGGUCAUCUGGCUCACCCACCACGUGGAGCUCAGCCUCGGCCCGGUGCUCCCGUAAACAUUCCCAACGCUUGUGCCCCGCCGGCUGGCCGCAGGAUGAACUGUCACGGCAAGGAAAGCACCUGGUGAAACGUUCUGAGAGCUCCCUUGUGAUGUGUGGGUGGUGCCACGGGCCCGGCUGGCCCACCAGGGGUGGCUGAGGGUGCUGUGCUCUGGGGUGGUUUAUUCUCUCUCCUCUUGUAGUGCCCACUAACUCCCACUCUGCUCCCCUGCUCCGCCACAGGUGGCUUGAACCUGCAGCACAGAGGGGCAUCCUGGUUUCUCCAGAACCACACACUACACCUGGCUGGACUUGGUUUUAUUCACAGAAAAGAACCCAUGCUGAUUUUUCUUCCUGUUGGCCCACAAACCUUAUGUUACACACUCAGUAGUGAGCAAGUUCUGUUUCACGCAGAGCUGUGUCCUUCCCCAGCAAACAUUUCAGAGGAGGCCCUGCCUGCUGCUGUGUUGGAAAGUUACUGGCAGCAGCACCAUGCUUUUUUGUUUUGUUUUCCUUGCAGGAUACCCAGCUGUGGGGGUUGAGAUGUACAGCCCCACCACUCUGGCACAUGUAGCUUGCUCAGCUGAGGUGAUGGGUCUGUUUCCACACAGGAAAGGAUCAGUUUGCCUUUACUCCCAAAGCACAGUGUCCUGCAGUGUUUGUGGAUUUGCCUGGCCUGAGCCUGCUGCUGUGUUGCAGGUGGAUGUGGCAGCAUGAUGUACUGCCAGCUGAGAAUUCAGGUGCUGCUACAGCUCUUGGCUGAGGCAGGGGGGCUCUGGAGAGGCUGGCUGGCAGUCUCCAGAUCAAUUAACGUGUGUUAAUAGGGGUAGUGAUCAGAGUCUGGAACCAGGAGAGUUAAGAUUAGUUCUAGUAUUUAUAAAAUGAGAGGUUGUUUGAGUUCAUACUGUCUUUUUCCAGUUAGGGUGGGUGGGAGGGAGGUGUAAAGGUGGAAAGGCAGUCACACAUUAACCAGCACACACUGUACCACCAGGUGAUUUAUGGGGGUGUCAUUUGGCUGUAGUCCAGGCUAAAAUGGGUAAUUAAGAGCAGUGCAUCCAGGAUACUGAAUUACCAGGAACUGCAGUAGCUUAGUGCAAGCAGGUGAGCUCACUCUUCCUGGAGAGCAUUUCCAGUGCGUUAAACCUUUCCCAUGGGCCUUGCCGUGCUGGGAAGGGCUGGCAUUCCCCAGCCAGUGGCUGCUGCGCUGCUCCAGAGCUUGUGCCAUGGUUCUGCCUGCCUGGAGCUGCAAACCCUCUGCAUGGGAGGGCAGGAUGAGGCUGCCUGCUCCCAGGGGAGCCCUGCCCGUGCUGUGCCCAGGGAAGCAGCCCUGGGUCCUGGGGCAGGUCUGGGAGCUUUACACCUCCCUGUGGGUUACACACCAUGUACAGCAUGAGUUUGGGAUGUGUAGUUGGUAGUUGGUGUCUAGUGCUAGUACCUGCUGUGGCUUUACCUGCCCAGAUAGCAAAGCCCUUCACCUUUGGCCGUGACUUCUCUUUGGUAGCCAAGAUAGCUGCUACACUUGCCACGCUGAUACAGAAAAGACCCUUCAGGAAGGAGCAGGGAGCUGGCCUGGGCUGCCAGCUGCCCUGGGGCUGGUGUUUCUCACUCAAAACUAAAAGGUGCGUUGUUUUGUGAUGUUCUGAGCGGUGUGAUGAGCUCGGCGAGUUCUUUGCCUCCCCACAGCUCCCGGGAAGGUGUGGGCAUGUCCCGGGGUCUGUCCCCAUCCCUGGCUCCUCCCUCUGCCCCUUCCUCCCCCGCAGGCGACUGUUGCCUUGCUGCUUGGCGUCGUGUAGUGACCUUCAAUAAAGCAAACGUGGCUCUCGGA